AACAUGUAAACGAGUAGGAAAAAACAAGAAUUUGUAAACGAACACAACCUUCUUAUUUUUUAAAUGAAAUUCACUCCUGCGAAAGUGAAUUAUUCCGUUCACGCAUUAAACUGUUAGAUAGUGAGAUUUGUCAUAUCUCUAUGUUUCACGUUCAAGAAUUAAUAUUUAUUCCUAUGUAUGCAGAAAAUCAGUAUAUUUUAAUACCCGAAUUUCCGAUUGAAAUUAGCACCAUUUGCGAGGGAAAACCAGAAACAAUUAAGUCUACGGAUUCAUUGUAAAAGUUUAACAAUUCAUUUAAAUAAAUUUUUGGGGUCUGCGGAUGUUAAAUGUAGCCCAAAAUUGUUUGGGUAUUAAAAGGAAUAAAAAUUAUCCAUAUUAGAAGCCAAAUUUUUUUGUAUAUGUAAAUAUUAUUAAUAUCAUUAGUGUUAUAUAUCUAUGUAUUUUUAAAUUGUAAUAUUAACUUUAUAGGAGUCUUUCUCACAAUCAAAUUCAUUUCUAUUUUUUUACUUUCUAAAAAGACAAAGUUUAUAAGUAUUGAGUCAUCAUGAUCUAUCUACAGGACUAGGACUUAGUCAUAUUUUUAUCUAUGUAUAUUGAACUUUGUAAGGACUAGAACUUAGUCAUAUUUUUAUCUUUUCUUUCUUCUUCGUUAAUAUAUAAGCAACAUGUAAUCUUCAAAAGCCAGAUUUAGUCGUGACUGCUUUCGGAGAAGGACUCCCAAAUUAUUAAAGAAAGUUUUAAAUAAAAAUCUGUGAAUUUAUUAUUUGGAAUCCAACAUAAUUUUUGGCGACGAGGAUACGGAUUGGUCCGAUACUCUAUAUUAGUGAUUCUUGGAACUAGCAACUCCAUCCUAAAAACGAGUGACAAUUUUAAUUGUUAAAAUUCGGUCCACGAACGAGUCAGCAACAAAAAAAAGUGAACUUCCGACUGCCGUAUUGGAACUAGCAACUCCAACAGAAGGGACGACAUUUCCCAGGUUGACAUCUUGGAAUUAGCAACUCCAACAACAGGGACAACAUUAUCAAGUUGACAUCUUGGAAUUAGCAACUCCAACAACAGAAACAACAUUCUCAGGUUGACAUCUUGGAAUUAGCAACUCCAUCACCAGAGAAUCUUCAACAUGAAAUUGACAAUCUUUCUUUCCCUUCUACUUCCAAAACUCAUCCUUAGUUUACCCUACACAAACACACCAUUAAAUCAUACAAGCGGAAUUCUUUAUGAUAAAAAGGGAAUAGCCAAGAUAUCAAAUUCUAAACUAACACUCUUAGCCCACAUUAAUUUUACACAUCUAAAUGAUGCUCGCAUAAUAGUGGUUAAUAAUGCAAUUCAAAGUCAAUAUCUUUGUAAAAAAUUAUCAGAUGCGCCUUAUGCGCGAGGACAUGUUAGUUUUCAUUGUGAAAGAGCUGUACGGUUAAUAUUCGAGUUAAUAAAUGAAAUAAAUAGAAAAAAUGAGAUUCUUCAGCAAUUGACUACUCAAUUAUCAAUACGUCAACGUCGUGGUUUAAUGAACGGUGUUUCUUAUGCAGUCAAUUGGUUAUUCGGUAUACCCGAUGCCGAUGAUGCAGAAUAUUAUUCCGAAAAUAUUCAUAAAUUAAUAAAUGAUAAUAUCCAAGUAAAAACUCUUCUGAAAUCUCAAAUACAAGUUGUUUCUAAUACUAUCAAAAAUUUUAAUAAUUCCUUAUACUCUUUAAAAAGUCAAGAAGAAAUAUUAAAUUCUAAUUCAGAAAAGAUUAAUAAUUUCAUGUCCAAUACUAAUAUCGAAACAUCAGUUUUACAAUUAGAGACAUUAAUCACAUUUCAAACAUCAACAAUACUGGAAUUAUCAAAUAAAAUUUCCAGAGAUUAUAGUGAAUAUAUAGAUGCGAUAAAUUUAGCCAAAUAUAAUAUUUUAUCUCCAUUAAUAAUCACCCCUAAUGUCUUAUUAGAAGAAUUAAAUAAAUAUCAUGGAGAAUACGAAUUAUUAAUUACUCCAGAUGAAAAACAUUUUCCUAUGUUAUAUAAAUUAUUGAAAGUAGAUGUAUUCCACACUAGUAAAAUAACUAUUUUUAGUAUACAAGUUCCACUGAUAUCAAAAAUGUAUUUUGAUCUUUAUCAUUUAAUCCCACUUCCAAUUCAACACUCAAAUUCUUCAAUAUUUUCCUACAUUGUUCCUAAAUAUCAACAUCUCUUAUUAUCCCAAUCAAAACUCCAAUUCCUUUCCUUGGAAAAAUUGUCGGAUUGUAUCGAGUAUUUGAAGGGAAAGUACGUUUGUUUCGACGCACACGUCACACAAGUAACAGAUCAACCUGAGUGCGAAGUCAGACUGCUGCUACCCCAUACUAAUCAACUACCCGACGAUUGCCAAAUUAAAACUACAAAGGCUAUCAUCGAAACUUGGAAAUACGCAGGAUAUAAUCAAUGGUUCUACGUACUCCAGAGGCCAACAACACUUACAAUCAUCUGUAGCAACUCAAAAGAAGAAAUAACUGACGUCAUCCUUUAUCAGACAGGUCUACUUAAGUUACAAGAUCACUGCAAGGGUUAUACCAAUCGUUACGCAUUAGAAACGACUAACUUCGCUGAUACAAACAUAACUUUUCACAUACCAAAUAUCACCAUAAUUCAAGAUGAUUGUUGUAUCAGAAAUGUAGAUAUUAAACAUAUAGAAUCGAUUCCUUUGAAACCAAUACAUCUAACUAAUAUCGAUCUCUCAGACCUCACAUAUUCAAAUAAAAAAUUAAAUGAACUUGACGAAAUUAUCAAUAAACAUAUAAAUGAACCAUUCAUUGUUACCCAUACCAAGUGGUAUACAAUUGUUUUAGCAAUGAUUGGAUCAAUCAUUUUGCUAUUUAUAAUCAGUAACUGUUGCCGAUGGUGCGGAUGUCUCCGUUGGAUUAAAAAAUGGUGUUGUUUCACUGCAGACCCAGCAACGGGACAAAUUUUGCCACCUACCAUAAAGAAUUUUGUCAACUGUAAUUUUGACUCUAAUCUCCACACAAAGGAGGUUGUAGUGUAUUCAAAAAGAAAUUCCUGCGAGGACAUCGAGCAAGCCGGAAGGAUGAGCAUAGCAGAAGAAAUCGAUGAUUUUACAUCAAUUCCAAUUCUACACUCACCAUCUACAUCAAAAAUAAAAUCUCGUAGAAGCACUACACCAAUAUAAUUUCAACUUGUAAUUUUUGUAAUGCCUAUAAUAUAAAUAAAAUAAAAAAAAAAUAAUAAUAAUAAUAAAAAAAAAUAUAUAUAUAUAAUAAUAAAUAAAUAAUAAAUAUUUUUUACUAGAGAUUUGAACACUUGCGUCUUCAAUCUAAAAGAGGGAGAUGUUAUAUAUCUAUGUAUUUUUAAAUUGUAAUAUUAACUUUAUAGGAGUCUUUCUCACAAUCAAAUUCAUUUCUAUUUUUUUACUUUCUAAAAAGACAAAGUUUAUAAGUAUUGAGUCAUCAUGAUCUAUCUACAGGACUAGGACUUAGUCAUAUUUUUAUCUAUGUAUAUUGAACUUUGUAAGGACUAGAACUUAGUCAUAUUUUUAUCUUUUCUUUCUUCUUCGUUAAUAUAUAAGCAACAUGUAAUCUUCAAAAGCCAGAUUUAGUCGUGACUGCUUUCGGAGAAGGACUCCCAAAUUAUUAAAGAAAGUUUUAAAUAAAAA